GAAGCCACUGCAAGGCGGUGCACGGCUAAGGGGAAGGCGAAAGAAAAUAAGGACUGUAGCAUUCUCCUUGUCUUUCUCUUCUUAAAGGAAUCUUCUUUGGUGAACUCAGACUCAGACGAUUUGUAGAUGGCACUGGCCUGGCUCAGUUUACAAAUGGAAUUAGUAUCGCUGAGCAGCUGCUGUGGACAGAGGUUUAGGGUGAACACAUCAAAUGACCUUAUUUGCAUAUCUUUCUGAGAGUGCGCAGGACUGAAAUCCAUCGGCAGAAUGCCAUUUCCUAAUUUGACAGUCUCAGCGAACCACAGUUUGGGGGAAGAAGACUUCUACAGACCCCUUUCUAUUUUCAGUGUUUUAAUAUUGACGUUGCUUGCCAUGCUCGUUAUUGCCACCUUUGUAUGGAAUGUGCUGGUACUUGUGACGAUCCUCAGGGUAAGAACUUUUCACCGUGUGCCCCACAACCUGGUUGCUUCUAUGGCUAUCUCUGAUGUAAUGGUUGCAGCACUUGUGAUGCCUCUCAGUUUGGUGCAUGAACUCAAUGGUCGGCACUGGAGACUGGGGAGGGUGCUUUGCCAAGUAUGGAUAUCAUUUGAUGUCCUCUGCUGCACAGCAAGCAUCUGGAAUGUUACAGCCAUUGCCUUGGACCGCUACUGGUCAAUCACCAGACACUUAGAAUACACACUGAAAACCAGGAAACGAAUUUCAAACGUCAUGAUUGUUAUAACAUGGGUUUUGUCUGCAGUAAUCUCCCUUUCCCCACUGUUUGGUUGGGGAGAGACAUACUCAGAAAAUGAAGAGCAGUGCCAAGUUAGCCAAGAGCCUUCGUACACCAUCUUUUCAACAUGUGGAGCCUUUUAUGUUCCCCUGUGUGUCGUCCUGUUUGUGUAUUGGAAGAUUUAUAAAGCUGCCAAAUUCAGAAUUGGAUCCCGUAACAAAAAUACUAUAACACCCAUGGCUGACGUUGUGCAGGUAAAAGAAGCCUCCCAUCAGCCACAGAGGGUGUUCACAGUGCGACACGCCACAGUCACUUUCCAGACAGAUGGGGAUACUUGGAGAGAACAGAAGGAGAAGAAAGCUGCCUUGAUGGUGGGAAUCCUCAUAGGGGUGUUCGUUCUUUGCUGGAUCCCUUUCUUCAUCACAGAACUCAUUAACCCUCUAUGUUCCUGUGACAUCCCUCCUAUUUGGAAAAGCAUUUUCCUGUGGCUUGGUUACUCCAACUCGUUUUUUAAUCCGCUGAUCUACACAGCCUUUAACAAAAACUACAACAACGCCUUUAGAAAUUUGUUUUCUCGACAGCAGUGAGCAGCAUGGAAUUUUCUGCGUCCCACAGAGAGACUUUAAAAGACUUCCCACAGUGAACCAAUGUUAAUGUUGUAUCAAGUACUUGAGAAGGCUCCUUCUCCUGUCACUUAUUAUCAGUUGUUAAUAUAGUAACUGGGGGGAGGGGGGGCUUUAUUAUUAAAAACAUUAAUUAUUAAAAACAAAAACAGCUGAUGCCCACUCAAGCAGUGACAGAGAUACACUGAAGAAAAAAACAGAAUUAAUAGUGAUUAGUGAACAAACAAUUAGCAACCUACUUUGUAAUUGGCAACCUCCUUUGCAAUUAGCAACCUGCUUUGUAAUUGGCAACCUCCUUUGCAAUUAGCAACCUGCUUUGUAAUUGGAAACCUAUUUUGCAAUUAGCAACCUACUUUGUAAUUGGCAAACACCUUUGCAAUUAGCAACCUACUUUGUUUUGUUUCAAGGUUGGACUUCCGAUCUUGAAGUAAUGCAGUGAACAUUGAACACAUUGAAUUGAAAUGGGCAAAAUAACUAUUUUGUAUGUUUUUGAUCAAAUACAUAUGCUACUUUUUGUGCUGCAUAUACUGUAGCUCAUGGAUCUUAGCAAUGUGAUUAUAACGUUACUCAAUAAAACAUUAGUACAAUUCUGUGUCCAUGGACAGUAAACACAUGGUUGAAUCUUAAUUUACCAAUAAGUUAUUGCAAAAAUUAUACGACACUGGUCUAUAUAUCCAACCCCAGUAUAAAUGUUUUAAUAGAGAAUGUGCCCACAGUGUUUUUAACAUUGAUGUUGAAACUAUACAAUAGGGUUCUGAAAAUAUGUGUUACCUUUGUAUCUUGUAAGGUUUACAUCUUCUGUAAUUUCAAAUUUUUUAUGAAGAAAAAAAAUAAUAUCUGUUCCAGGCAGUGUGGUGUGACACGCUGCCAUUACGGAUGCUGUCCUGUCAUUGAAACGAGAGGAGGUGAAAAGCGAAAAAACCACAAAUGCAUACAAACCCAUUUUGCAUUGUGGGUAAGACGUUCGCUAGUGGUGCGCAAGGUUACUGGUUCACACCCAGCCUCCACCCCAAUACAUAUCCCAGAGAUUUUAUUCUUUCCGUUUUUGUAUGUAUUUGUUUAUUUAUUAUGUAUGUGUUUAUGUGCUUAUGUAUGUAUUUACGAUCAUGCAUGGUGUUAAUACGAACAUGGUGUGGAUUGUGUAACAGUUAUUGCAUGCUUGUUGAAUGAACAGUUGUGCACCUCUUUUCACAGAUGCAUUUAAUUGUUAAUAAACGAUAGCAUAAUAAAAUGCAGCUGUGCGCUCGUGUUGUACUGGUAUAUUAUGCUGCAUUACUUUGUUUUAGAUGGACAAUCCCUAAGAGUUUUGUGGAACUUGUGGGUUCAUUUUGGUAUUGUUGUCUUUUGAAAUUGUUCAGACUAAAGUGUUUAAAAUGUAACUCUGUCAUGGGAUCAGUGGUUGUUGUUGUUUGUGUUAGUGUUCUUUUUAAAACUGUAAUUUAUUUAUGAAAGUAUUACAAUCAUUGAACACUCUGACACAUUGUUACUGAGCUAGUUAAUCGGGCAUGUAACCAGGUUUGGACCAAUCACAGUCCAAUGUUUUUUUUUUUUUGGUUUUUUUUUAAAUUAUUAUUGAUUAUUGCUUUUAUGGUACAUAAGAACUAUUUUUAUAGAUAUGUAUAUUAAAAAAAAAAGUAUUUUAUAGCUUUUACAGCCCAUGCUACUGAACUAUUUUGCUCUACAUCCAAUGUAUAUGUUUGUAAGUUACACAAUACUGUGUAUACAGUAUUAAAAUGAUGUCUGCUACUGUAAUAAGCUGAUGUUGUACUUCUCUUAAAGGAGUGCUACCCAAAGCUUUAUGAUACCUCCUGUUAGCACCAGCAACAUUAUCACAUGUGCAAGAAACAAACAAAAAGCUGUUCAUUAAAUAAAGGAGAACAACACUUACUGAGCUUUACCCCUUUUGUAUGAAUGGAAAAAGGUUAAAUGUGUUAUCACUUGAAAACAACCUUUCUAAUAAUCUACCUUAGUAAUGUUAUGACUUAUAUACUGUACUUGCUUUGUAAGAAUGUCGCUUCAAAUGAAUGAAUAAUACAUGGUAUGGAUUAUUAUCUGUAGCCACAAUUCAGGGAAUCCAAAUGAAUGCUGCAUAUUCUGUUUAAAAAUUGACUUCAUGAUCUUCAAAACCAGAUUUCAGAACCAGAAAACAAGAACAAAAAUAUAAAUAUAAAUUGUUGAACUUAGUAGUGGUGUGGUAUUUGUUGACAAUACCAGAGUGAACUGACAAGAAGCACAUUUUCCUGACUAGAUUUCAAGAUGCAGAUAUGUAUUACCAAAUGAAAGAAGUACUCAUUAUAGGAAGUGUCUGUUUUAUUAUUAUUUUAUUUCAUAGCAGCUAGUGAAAAAGAAAUGGACCAGCGCUCCUUACAAAUAUUCUACCUUGUUAAAAGCAGUUCAACUCCCAGAUGUCGUUGCAACUCUCUAAACAUUUCCUCUCACCUUUCCUGUUGCGAAUGCUGCCUU